AUGUUUCCAAACCUCAGAGCAGAGCGCUCCCUAGAGGCCGGUCAGGAGAAGGGCGAUCCCACAGAGCGCGAGCUGAAGGUGAAUCUGGACGAACCAGAUCUGUGGAGGCGUUUCAACUCCAUCACCAACGAGAUGAUCGUGACUAAGACCGGGAGGUCCAUGUACUCCUUCCUCUUGGACUUUGCGCCCGUCGAUUGCAACCGCUGGAAGUUUGUGAACGGGGAGUGGGCGUGUGCGGGGCGGGCCGAGGGUCGUUGCCUGAGCACGGAUGGGCGUGGCCUGACCAUGGAGGGGCGGGGCCUGCCUUCAGAGGGGCGUGGCUUUGGUGGUGUCUACAUUCAUCCUGAUUCGCCAAACUUUGGGUCGCACUGGAUGAAGGCGGCGGUCAGCUUCAGCAAAGUCAAACUGACCAAUAAGAGCGGAGCGAGUGGUCAGAUCGUGCUGAACUCACUGCACAGAUACGUCCCUCACGUCCACAUAGUCUGUGUUGGUCCCAGACACAGACUGGUGUCAGACGUGUCCUUCAGCGAGACACAAUUCAUCGCAGUCACAGCCUAUCAGAACGAAGAGAUCACUGCUCUGAAGAUCAAGUACAAUCCUUUCGCCAAAGCCUUUCUGGACGCCAAAGAGAGAAACCCCAGUGGGAAGACCUCAUCUGAGGCUGAGACCUGCACCCUGCCCUGUCCCGGCUGGUCUCUGUGCCCAGCCUCAGGGGGCGGGGCAUAUCCCUACCAUCAUCACGGAUACAAGCAUCACAGUUACCAUGGAUACCCGGGAAGACACGCCCCCUACCCGAAUCCGCUGCUGCAGCCGCGCCCACAACACACAGUUUGUGACGUAGACGGCUGGACUCCGCCCCCUCACAGCUCCAGUCAGUAUUGUCUGUGGAGCUGCGCUGAGUUAAGCCCCGCCCCCUCUCCCUGCUCAUCACUCCAUGGACCAAUCAGCAGUGAGGGCCUCCCCCAUGCAACCAAUCACAGCCGAGGGGGCGCCUCCAGCUGGCCUCCAGGAUCCACCCACUCUUUCUGA